AAGCUCUUACUAAUAACUAAAAUGAUUAAACCGGGGCUGUUGUGUUUUGAACACAUCCUGAAAUGACAGGACUCGCUGGAAGAGACAAUAAGGAUAGGAAAAGUUGAAGGCAGCAGGGAAAGAGGAAGGCCAAAUGUGAGAUGGUCUGACUCCCUCAAGGAGACCCACGCCUUCAGCUUGCAAGAGGUGGCCAGGAAGGGUUCAAAGCAUUCUUCCCAAUGGAGUUUCCGGACCUGGGUCAACACUGCUCCGAAAAGACCUGCAAGCGGUUGGAUUUUCUUCCCCUGAAAUGCGAUGCCUGUGGAGAGGUCUUCUGCAAAGACCACAUUGCGUAUCGCCGGCAUGAGUGUGCUUUUGCGUACAAGAAGGACAUCCAGGUCCCUGUCUGCCCCUUGUGUCACACCCCCAUCCCAGUGAAGAAAGGGGAGCUGCCGGAUGCUGCUGUGGGUGCCCACAUGGACAGGGAUUGUAAGCGGGACUCUGCCCACCAGAAACAAAAGAUCUUCUCGAACAAGUGCUUCAAACCGGGCUGCAAAGCGAGAGAGAUGAUGAAGCUGGUUUGUGACCAGUGCCAGAGGAAUUUCUGUGUCCGGCAUCGGCACCCCCUGGAUCACGCCUGCGAAGGAGAAGGACGCCCCAUUUCCAAAGCUGGAUACGCUGCUCUAAUGAGAUCCCUCGAAGCCCAGAAGAUAACUCAGGACUAUCAAUUUCUGCAAAACAGGUGCAAGGCGAAAUGCUGAUGGCCUGCAAACCCAAUUCCAAAACCAUCUCGACCCUGUUGAUGGCUGUCAGUUUUUAAAACUUUUUACACUUUUUUCCUAUGGAGCUUUUCUAUUUAAUUCUUCUCUGCAAUAAACAGACUUGUUUGCAACAAA